UAAAUCACAGCCUCUCUAUUCUUAAAAGAUAAUUUGUUCUUAGAUCUGCAAAUUCUUUCUGACUUCACCGUAGGUAGAAGCCAUGGGUAUCCGUUUGCCUACUGCUUUGUCUCACGCUAAGAUGAUGCUUCGACGCUCUUUUCUGAUUGCAAACCAAACUGCUUCAGCGGUGGCAUUGGUUGUCCCAAAAGGCCACUUGGCGGUGUAUGUGGGAGAGGCUCAUCAGAAGAAGCGGUUUGUGGUUCCCAUAUCACAUCUGAACCAUCCUUCUUUCCAAGAUUUGUUAAGUCAGGCCGAAGAGGAGUACGGAUUCGAUCAUCCAAUGGGUGCUCUCACCAUCCCCUGCAAAGAGGAUGCCUUCCUUCAUCUCACAUCUUCCUUGAAUAGUUUAUGAGAAAUCAUCAAAUUAAUUUUGUAAAGCAAUGAUUCAGUUUAAAUAGCCUUUUGUACAAGAGUUGAGGAAGAGGGAAAAAAGUUCCGUAUCAAUUAAUAGAAUUUUUUUUUUACCAAUA